GCACAUACGCAUACUUGCAAACACACUACACACACCUUCGUAGAGAACGAAGUCGUCUUACAGCAGGAUAUCACGAUCGGUGCACUACCACGACGUCGUCUAGUUGUGACUCAGCGAGAACCCUCAGAUGGAGGUAGAAGGCAACCGCCAGGAUGCAGAGGGGGUUCCCCCCCAUGGGGUGGAUGUGGGAAUGAUUGGGGCUGAAGGAGAAGCAACAACUCCAAGAGUGCAGAAUAAUGUCGAAGAAGUUGUUGGGCCGCAGAAUCGUUCGCCGCCACAAGCGCAGACGAAUUACUGGGUAGAAGAGGAAAGAGUUCAGGAGAUGUUGGCAAAAUGCUACGACAUAGGCAUCCUUCCGGCAGGCUGGGAUAUAGGAGAACUCAAGGAGGAGGGAAUGAAAGCCCACUUCACUUUGAACCCAUCGUUAGAUGAGAUCAAAGUAAAGUGGCUAAAGGAGCGAACCGUCACGGUGAUCUUUCAAGACGGAUCCAAGAAUCUGCUGAAGAAGAUCAAGGAGGACGUCAUCCGUGCCUAUGAGAGUAUAUGGUUGGGGGAGGGAAGGUUUGACCCUUCGGUCAUGAGGGGGCGCGUCAGCAUAGAAUCGAGUAACGUGCUGUCUUACAUCGCGAAGGAUGUAAGGGUCGUGGAGUUGAUGCUGCAAGAAGGCGAGUCAGUUGUGGAGUCCUCCAUCGGGCAUGUUCUGAAGACCUACCCGUCGGAGAAGGAUGCUAGAACGCCUCGGUUAAUUAACGUAAGGAUGGACUUGUCACUGGAGGCGCUUCCGAGACUGAAGGAGACGAUCUCCUUCACUACCUUCCAGGGGCAAUUGAUCGAGCUGAAAGUGGCAAACGCUCAGACCCCGUGGUGCAGCCCUACGGGUCCGCAGCAGACGGUUGACCCCUAUGGAAAUAUUAGGGUUAACCCUUUCUUUUCGCCACUUCGAGACCAAGCUAUGGGAGUUCAGAAUGGUCAUAACGUGGCUGCCUCAAAUGGUCAGCUGCAACAGCGUUACGUAGAGCAGAUGGGUCAACAGAGCUCGGGGGCACCAGACCCUUCCAGUAGCAGCCAGCGGCCAAGGACGGAUACAACUCCAACGAAGCAACGAAGGCAAAUUGGGGAGAACGACGAUGUCGUCCGGAUCGAGGAAGAGGUGGACGAAAAGCAUUCCGUAACUUCCUUGUCUAAAUCUGGGGAAUUGAGAAUGAAGGAACAAGGUCUGUCACCGUUGAAGCGGAACCGAAGACAGUCCACCAAAGGGGGUGAUUGUGAGUGGGAAAAGCACCUUCUUCCGCUUUUAUUUAUCACCACAGUUGAAGGGAACUUUACUCUUGCAUGGUCAACUGAACCUGGAGUGACGGUUCUUCCGUCCCAACGGAUCAGCAAUCCACCAAUGCCUAUGGAUAUCUUGAACAUCAGUCGGAGCGAUAUUGCGUUCAUUUGUGGUGGGAUUUCCCUGCCUCCAAACGUGUUUGGCAAUGGUGGGCUAUCCAUUGGAAAGAUUUUGCUGCAUGGGAUUGGGAUUGCAAUAGAGAAUGGGCCCUCCUGGGGCUUCUUCCUGCUACAGUACAGCCACUAGAAGGCCUAGGAUAUGUGGUGCAGGCCUGCAGAGCGAUUAUUUGCUCUACGAUCUGGGAGGUCAGGAACAAAGCCACGUUUGAGGG